UAAGUGCUGUACUCUGCCAAUUAUGUAGUGCAUCCAGAACUAUUAAGAAAACAAAUCUCAAAAUCAAAACCAACUUCACUUCAAACCGUACAGCCUACUGUCAAAAUUUUUUUGACAUUGUUCGAUUCGUGGUUCACACAGGAUAUAGACAAAUAAUAACAUUAAAAUGGCCGAUAAAGCAAUUGAGAAGCCAGCGGGUCGUCCCAUGAAAUUCCCCUACACAUUCUCAGCUAAAAUUGCCCAAUUCCCAUUCAAGUUCUACGUCCAAAACCAAUGGGUCUGGAAAUACUAUUUGAUCGGCCUUGCUGUCUCAUUCCCAGUGUUCUACAAGAUCCAUAAGCUAGCUAACUCUCCCGAAAACGUUGCUGCCCAUGCCGCAGCUAAGAAGAAGGAGGCUGAAGCACACCAUCAUUAGGAGGGUUUAUUUUAGUUGGGAGCAAGCAUUCAUUAUAAUAAAUUCUAUAGAUUGGAAAAACACUGCUAACUUUGUCGUAAUGAAAUAAAUAAUACAAAAAGUA